AUGGAAAAAGAGGGUUUUAAACGCUGUAUGGAAAACAUCUAUGAAAAAGGGGGGAAAGUUAUGGUUGUUGCAACUGACCGUCAUGUGGGCAUUAGGGCUGACAUGAAAAGAAAUUUCCCUGAAGUUGAUCAUCAAUUUGAUGUGUGGCACCUUUCCAAGAGUAUAACUAAAAAGUUAGCCAAAAAAGCAAAGAAAAAAGAAUGUGCUGAUCUCUCUCGCUGGAUCAGAUCCAUCUCAAACCACCUU